AUGGUUUAUGCUGAUUCCUCUCGUUCAAGUCCUUUUAGUACAAAACGGAUUGAACUUUUUCAAAGGUUGAAUUAUAAGAAAGUUAGUUUCUCCGAGGAUGAAGGAGAAGAUGCCGAUGAAAUUCAGCCAGGAAUUACUAAAUUCACCGAAGGUUGUAAAGCAUUCAAGAUGGCCUUCAAGAGUAUUAUACAGAAGAGUGUUUCUGAUGACUUGUUGGGUCCGGUAUUGUCGGCACAAAAGAAUCUUGUUAUAGAAAAGCUUGCGGAAGAGGAGGCAGAGCGCAAGGUCAAGGGAGAAGCAAAAAAGGAAAAGCUGAUGCUAGCUGAAAAGGGACAUGUCAAGCCUGCUACUUAUUUGGACUCGCACGAAAAGUUUCUAAUAAGUGUAGCAACCAAAGGGGUGGUCAAGCUGUUCAAUGCUGUCAACAAGGCACAAGUUGCUCAGAAAGGACUGGACCCCUCAAAGAAUAGGGAUGCCAAAGAGUUAAGAAAACGCACCAAAGAAGCCUUCUUUUCAGAGUUAGGGAAGCCAGCAGUUGGCACCUCUGUAAAGGCUAUUGCAAGCACAAGCAAUGUAGAAGGUGAACAACCUUCAUGGGCUCCAUUACGAGAUAAUUAUAUGCUGACAAGUUCAAGAAUAAAGGAUUGGGACAAAAACAUGGCUGGUAAAAAUGAAUCGGAUGACAAUGAAAAUAUUUCCGAAGAUAGCAGUUCCAAUGAAGAUUAAGGUUUUGAAACUUGAGAAAGCAGCAUUGGGUGUUUCUAGUGGGUCAAUCAGUCAGAUUUUGAAUAUUGUGUUCCAUUUCUGUUCAUUUGGUUAGUAACAAAUGGACUAGGGCAAACUUGAUGGCUGAUUGAUCGAUAGGCCGUACUUUGGUAUAAGUCUCCAAUUUUUAAUAUGUUAACUGAACCGAAUUGACUGAACUUGAUGAAUAUAGUUUCUUUCGCAUUAUUAUCCAA